ACAUGGACAGUGGCCGUGACGAUGCCUAUUUUUUUUUUACGUACGAGACAUUUUGUCAAAACAGGAAGUGCUAACAGACAAACAGGAAGCAGGAAAUGACUUAUGCUUUUUUCUUCACAUCCUUUUUUCACCUCUGACAAACCUUCUCAUGACUUUUAUAAAAAAAAAAAGAAAAAAAGUUUUUUAAAAAUAAAAAAAAGAAUCAAAUCGUCAGUCGUCGAUGGCCUGGAAAAACAAAGUUGUUUUGACGUUCAAACGUAAAAGGUGAGAGGAAGUUAUGCUGCUCAAGUGAGAAAAUAAAAAGAAAGUUUUACCUCCAGUAACUUCUGAUGUUUGCCCACUUCCUGUUGUGUCGCGGAUCACAUGAUGUUUAAAGAGGAAGUCACAUGGUCAUUUGACGCCAGAAAUAUUCUUUUCAAAUGGAACAACAAACAAACAGCUGAGUCACAGUGUGUGUGUGUGUUUAUGUGUGCGUGUGUGUUAGCUGACCUCUGUGUUUCAGCAUGCUUCCUGUUUGCUGACACAGCUGCACACGCAUAGUGUGUCAACAUGACAACAAAGGUGACAGGUCACAGAUGGACAAAGGCGGCCUUCUUUCCAGAAGCUCUUCCUAACAUAAAUCCAGGUGGCGUGCUGCCCUCCGAGGUUUUGUCAGUCAUGCCAUUGCCGCGACGUCGUUCCUUUAUUUUGGGACAGUCGUCCGAGCGUCUGAGCGCCGCACCCGGCAGGGUUGCUCCAGGCAGCGCCCCGUCACGGGGUGUCUUUGUGGGGACUGCGUCCCCAAUGGGCGGGAUGUCCAGCCUGGGGACACGGGUGUCCCGCCGGGCUCUGGGCAUCAGCAGUGUCUUCCUGCAGGGGAUGAGGAGCACCACUGUACCAGUUCUUCCCCGGGCGGGAGAGCGGGUCGGACAGGGUGCUGCAGGGGGGGCCGAACCAGGCCUGAACACCUGCCUGAUGGAGUACCGUGACAAAGUGCGAGCACUGGAGCAGCUCAACCAACAGCUGGAGGAGCAGAUUCGGUUAAGCUUGGACCGCAAGGCGUCCCGCGCCGGUGCCUGGGGUCCGCUGAGGCGGGACUGGGAGGAUGUCUACAGGCAGGUAAGUGAGGCCAUCUUGGACAACGCUCGGCUGAUGCUGCAGACUGAGAACGUCCAGGCCAACGCAGAGGACUUGAAGGAAAGGUACGACAACGAGCAACCAUUUAGGAAGGCGGUGGAGGAGGAGAUCAGCUCCCUCUACAAGGUCAUUGAGGACGCCGGCCUGACGAGGGCAGAGCUUGAGCAGCAGAUAGAUGACAUGCGAGCUGAACUUGAACAACUGGAGCGCAAUCACGAACAGGACGUCCGUCUCCUCUACAGUCAAAUGUGUGGACGUGAAGUGGAUCAGCCAGAUGCUCCUAUUGAAACCAGUCUGGACCAGAUCCUGGCCUACAUCCGCAACCAUUGGGAGAAGGUGAUGGAGAAAAACCGAGCGGAGACCGACAGCUACCCAGAAUGCAAGGACACCAAGUCUGUGACCCGGCUUAGUCCGGAAGAGGAGGAGCUGGAGGCGUUGAAGGUCCAAUGCUCUGAUGCCGGCUGCAAGAUCCAAAGUCUGCAAGCAGAGACUGAAUCCAUUCGCGCUCUGAAACGCGGCCUGGAGAACUCACUGGGCGAUGCUCGCCACUGGCACGACAUGGAGCUACAGAACCUUAGUUCUGUGGUGUCCAAGCUGGAGGCGGAGCUUGUAGAUGUGCGCGGCGAGAUGGAACAGCAGCGCCGAGACUUCGACGCUCUGCUGAGAAACAAGCAGCAUCUGGAGGACGAGAUCCAGCUAUAUCACUGCAUCCUUGAUGGAGAGGAGCGUCGCUUCCCGCCUGCCGAGUCACUGUGCAAGGACAUCGAAGGACCAUCCAGGACUCCUGUGGGUUCUAACUCCAGCAUUCCUCCUUCAGUACCCCCAACAGAGACCAGCAGUCAACCUGGUUCAGUUUGAGUUAAUCACCCCGCAUAAUGAGUCACAUGAUCAGAUUUUUACUUUGUGGAGGAAAUAAACUUUGUUUCCAACUUCAGUCAUUUUCUAUUUAAAUAAACCCGAUAUAAAAAGGCACAAUACUUUUCACUCCACAACUUUUAAUGUCACUUCAUUUCAUCUGCUUCCAACAACUUUUUAAAACAUGUUUACUUUGGGACAAAUGAGGACACAGGUAUAGGCUACAGCCUAUGUUCCUCUUGUUUCCAGAAUAAAAGCCUCUCUAACGAA